CAAAACACACACACGGAGCUAUCUGCUUUUCAGUAAGUCUGGUUCGAGUGCUGUAGCACCGUCACAUUGCAAACACAUUGCACUUCGCGAGUAUUAUAUCUGAAAUAAGGAUGACACAGCUGAAGUCAUGACUGUGCGGUCCCUGCGUCGCUCCUCACCAUCCAGGGAUUCAGUACAGUAGCAUUGGCCAGAACGCAGCAGGCCGCAGUGUGGGUGCUGUACUUGGGGGGAGUGGUUUGAGAAUGCGUUCAGCCAAUACGUAGAUAAACUGUGAAUUUCCCUGGUGAUUGGGCUGCCUGGUUUGACUGUGUUUUCAGGGAUCAGUGGUGCCGGUAAUUUGUACUGGAGGAUGGUUUAACGUACUGUCCAGCUAAAGCAGUCCAAGUUUAAAAGCAAACCAUGUUGAGCAGACUGCAAGAGCUGAAGAAGGAAGAGGAGACCCUGCUGAAGGUCAAGGCUGUGUUGCAGGACCAGCUCAACAGACUGAAGGUGGAGGAGCUGGCUCUGCAGUCCAUGAUAAGCACAGAGCGGGAGCACAGUGAUGCAUCCAGCCCAGCCCAGCCUGACCUCGCAGAGAUUGCCAUGCAGGUCGACGAUGAAAGCAAAAUCAAUCAGACUGAACUUCAGCUAAACUCCUUUGCUGUGGAACAAGGCCUGGAGGAGGAGCAGGAGGAAGAGGAGGAGGAAGAAGAGGAAGAGGACAACUGAACUCCAGAGGCGAUUACCAGAGGCGUAUCUAAUAGACUUGUGCCCCUUAUUGUCAGUCAGUGAAUACUCAGUAGAAAGCACAAACCUGGCACAGCACCAGGUCCAGUUUCUGUCUGUACCAAAGAAUGUGCUGUGUAUCGCUACCAAAGAAAAUGUUGUUCAUUUUCUAAAUGCCAGCGUAGGGCACCCACCUUACACAGAGAGAUGAGGCAGCGCGUGCUUCUUACAAAGUGCACUGUAUUUGCUUGCAGUCUGACUCCACCAUUUAUUCUGGGAUGCCAAAAGCAUGACUAAGGUCUGCAGUUUCGAUCAUGCUUUGAUUUUGAAGUGAACUACGGGCACUGCCUGCCAGUUUUAGAUGUAUUCAUGUCAGUAAGGUGAGGAGCUGACAUGAAUACAUUUUCUCAAAAUAUCUGGCAUCUCUUCUGUUCACCACACCUUCUUCGUCCUUUAGUUCCUUUUUUGAGUAUGUCACUGAUUUUACUGAAGAAACUUAGCUCUUUCUUAUGCAGCAGAGCUGUUUAUGAAGCUUAACAAUCUUUAAAAAGCUUUUUUUUAUUUUUGUUACAGUUUAAUAUAACUGCACUGUCUCAAUCAUGAAGAGAAAACAAUGCUACUGUUGAGCCUGAAUGCUAGUUUUCUUAUUUUUAGUUUAACGGAACAGUGUAAGCAAGUGUUAUCCUUAGAAGGAUCUUUUUGGUUUUUGAAAAGUGGGUAUUUGAUUAAUAAUAAUA